AUGUCAGAUUCAGGAGACGAGGCCGACUCGCGAACGGCCUCGUUUGGCGCCCCGCACGCCCGCAAAAAUACUCCUUCCUCCCGAGCCCAGUCCGGCGACGACUCGCGUCCCACGAAAAAGCGGCGCCGCAACAGAUCCCGCACAGCCAGCGAUCUCAGCGACUUCGUCCCCAAGGGCGCGUCCUUUAGCGCUGUUUCAUUAGAGGUCGACCCUGAUGAUACUUCUAGUUCUGGCUCGGACUCAGAUAGUGCCUCGGACAAGUCUGAUGCGCAAGAUGUGCCUCCACCCGUCAAUCCCCAUGCGGGCAGCACUGCGCCGGCGAUCAGUUGGAACCAAGGGAAGAAGACGGCUGUGAGGACGACUCUUGGGAAGCGCAAGGCGGGCUCGCAAGUGCCGUCUCCAUCUAUACCCCAGGCUCAACCGGAGCCGCAGCCACAGGCGCAGCCGCAGACCAACGGAAGUACCGCAGUCAGCACGGUAAAUGGAACUUCUGCAAAGCAAUUCAAAGCCGUCAACGGUACAUACUGGCGCAGCCGCAGUGCCUCUGCGUCAUCUGAUGAUGAUGAAGGCUCGGAGGAAGGCGAGGUGAACACCGGGAGUGAUUCGGACGAUUCAGAGCUGGACUCCGAAGCCGACGAUUCGCUCAUGCUCAAUAUUGGCACCAAGGGAGAUGGGAUGGACGACUAUGACCCAGAGUCUCUGUUGAUGGGAAAGAGUCCUACCAACGGCCCUGUCAAUGGACAGUCAAACGGGAACACUGGUGACUCAGUACAAACCGAGUCCAAGGAGGAGGCCUUCAAGCGAUUCUCUCAAAAGUAUCCCACUGCGCCUGUUUGCCUACUGGACUUGCAGCAGGAUGAUAUGGAUGUCCAGGCUAAAUUUGUAUACUGGGAUCGAGACGUCAAUGCCAUCGAUCUCCAACUUCCGGUUGGCUGCAUCGAGUGUCUUCGUCAGGGCCACAUGGCCGAAGUGUGUCCUACCAAGGAGUGUGUCCAUUGUGGAUCAUGGAACACCCACAUAAGCACACAAUGCCCCUCCUGGCGAAGAUGCCAGCGCUGCCGUGAACGAGGCCAUGUCCAAGGCGACUGCCCCUCUGCCCUCAAAAGUUCCGCCGCCGAAGUCCCCUGUGAUUACUGCGGCUCUUCGACACAUAUGGAGUCCGACUGUGACCACCCACAUAGUCUCCCAUCGCGGGAACCCGUUUCCCAAACUAUUUCGGUCUCCAUCUCCUGCGCCCACUGCACAAGUGGGAACCAUCUGAUCGGAGACUGCCCCCAUCUCCCUCCAGACCUCCAACAAAAAACUGCAUGCUUCACCCUCAAGGAUAUCGAUCCUGCCAGCAUCACCAAUCUGAACCUAGCAGCACCGUCGCGAAAAGGUCCCCCUCCGCCGAGCUAUCAACGUGGCAAGGGACGUCGCGGUGGUGGUAAUGGUGCUCGCACGCCGCCAUCAAAUAGCGAAGAAGACGGGAUGCCCCGCAAGGGUGCCCGAAAGGGUCCCCCUCCGGCUCGUGGCCGAGGUCGCGGGUCCAUCAAGUUUGGUAGCGGUGUUGGCUCAGAUCAGCCUCGAAACAAGCCACCGCCAUUCUCCCGUCCUAAGGGCCCGCCUCCUCGAGGUGGAGGGGGAGGUGGUGGUGGGAAUCGCGGUCGUGGCCGUGGGCGCGGUGGGAAGCCCCGUGGAGGGCGACCGUGA